AUGGCUACCGCCCAAGGACAGGGCUUCAUUUGUUGUCAGCUUUGCCCAAAUCUUGUGGAACAUCACUGCAAUCUUUGCAAUGUGGAUCUAUGUCUCUCAUGCAUACCAAAUCACAUGGCCGACAAAUCAAAGAAACACGAGGUUGUCGCAUACACUUACAGAGAGGAAAACACUUUUAUUCUUCCAACAUGUUCAUUGCACAAUAAAAAUCGAUGCGAGAUGUUUUGUCAAAGAUGUAAAGAAGCAAUAUGCAUUCAAUGCCUGAUGGAUUCACAUAAAAAUCAUGAAUAUGCUGAUAUCACAGAGAUUCUUCAAAACAUUAAAAAGCAAAUUCUAGCUGACACAAAAGAACUAGAAACUAUUAUUGUUCCAAAAUAUAAACAUGCAGAAGAAAAAACUAUUGAUGCAGAGUUCGAUAAAGUCAUCUCUGACAUAGAAAUACAUGAAGAAAAAAUCUGCCAAGCUGUAAGUGAAGUAUGCAUUCAAUUCAAAGCUGAGAUAGCCAAGCAGAAGGAAGAAGCUGUGAAAAAGAGUGAAGAAGACCUGGAGGAGAUAGUAGAAACUGAAGAAGAAGUCAAACAAAUAAUUCAGAAAAACAAAUAUAUCCUUAGAAGUAAUGAUUCCUCAGCCAUAAUAAACUAUCAAUCAAAAAAUAGGGAUUUUCUUACAAGCCCAAAAUUUAUUACACCUUGCCAAGAGGUAUUUCUUGAUUGUGUUAAACAAGGCCAAAUAGUCGGAAUGUUUGGUUUUCUAAAAUUCGGUAACGACUCGAUAAGACAGCGUAGGAUGCUUGAGAUGAUGGAUAAUCCAGAAUUAGUAAGCACAAUCCAAACCCCCUAUGACAAGGAGAAUCCCCUAUGGAGAUUGCUUUGUGUGGGGAAGUAUAAGUUUAUGAUUAGUGGAAGAGAAAAAACAUUCCGACUUAUAGACACAUCUAGUUCCAUUGUACAAAAAAUCCAUAUCCGUGGAAUCGUUUUUUCAUUGACUUGCAAUUUACAAGAAGAACCAGUGUUUUCUCUAAGUAAUGCUACUUCUAAACAUACAAAAAUUUAUAUUUAUAAGAAGAACAAAGUAAAGAUUUUACUAAGAAUUCCUGACUGGUGUCCGGUUGGUCUAUGUUAUGCAGAGAACGGGGAUCUAGUGGUGAGCAUGCGCUCAAAGGAUGAGAUUCAGAGUCGAGUAAUUAGGUACUCAUUGCUGACAAGGAUUCAGAGGAUGCAGUAUGACAGUAAGGGACAACCUUUGUUUUCUACUGGUGUUUUCACUGGGCUUCAACUGACUGAGAAUGGUAAUAGAAAUAUCUGUGUUGCUGACUAUGCUGGGGGUGCAGUUGUUGUGAUAGAUUCUUCUGGGGGAUUACGGUACAAGUACAAAGGAAAUCUAUCCAAACAAUCAAAGUACACAGACUUUAGACCAUGCGAGAUUGUUGCAGAUGUCAAUACUCAAAUACUGAUUUGUGACCAAUCAAACAACAUUGUUCACAUAACCGAUUGUGAUGGUAACUUUGUCCGUUAUAUCGAAUAUCCGUGUAAUGGAGGAAUGAGUAUUGAUAUGGAUCACAAUCUAGUCCUUGGAGACUCUAAUUCUGGAAAAAUUCAAUUUAUAAAGUAUCUGGAGUGA